AUGCCGCUGCCGCUCACGACACCCGUCUACCUCCCCGGGCAGGAGCCGCUGCCGCCGGGCGCCACCGAGGCCGACCGCGAGCAGAUGGCGCAGAUGAACAAGUGGACAAAGACGGCAAACGGCCUCAUGGAGUCGUGCCCCGUCAAGUGCGCCCUCUCGGGCGCCGCCGGCUUCGGCCUCGGUGCCUUUUUCAGCCUGCUCAGCACCUCGUUUGCCGUCGACGACCCGCUCCGGAAUACCACCGUCGCAAAGGCGGGCGGCGGCACCGUCGCCGCCACCGAGCUCUCGACCGCACAGCAGACCAAGCUCUUUUUCAAGGAGACCGGAAAGGGCAUGUACCGCAGCGGAAGGGGCUUUGGAAAGGUGGGAGCGCUCUAUGCUGGAAUCGAGUGCUGCGUCGAGUCGUACCGGGCCAAGAACGACCUCGCCAACCCCGUCAUCGCCGGCAUGAUGGCUGGCACCCUCCUGGCGCGCAACGCAGGUCCCCAGGCCAUGAUUGGCGGCGGCAUCGCCUUUGCCGCCUUCAGCGGUGCCAUCGAUCUCUACUUCAGGAGAGAGACACCCGACGACGACUGA